AUGUUUAAAAAACCACCAACAACCAAGGCUUCUGCUAAUAUCAAGUCGUCAGAUCGUAGAAAAUUACUAGCUACGAUAUGUCAAACAUACAAUUUAAACAUAGAUGAAAUUUCAAAAGAAGGGUUAGAAAAUAUAUUACCAUCAACAAGUAAAAAAGCAACCUUUAUAUCAUCAACUGGUAUUUCAGGUACUUUAUAUUUGAAUGAUCAAGAGUUACCAACAUGGUUUCAGACAAGAGAUUCACAGCUAUACCCAUCCAUCUUAACUUGUUGGAAAUGUCCAUAUAUCUUACCAUUAAUAAAAACUCAUCCUCAUGUUGUUGAAGUAUAUUUGGGAAAAGGUGCAGAUUUAAUGUUGCCUGGUACAAUUCCCCCAUUUGAUGAAAGAGCUACAAAAUAUUCAGUUGUCGGAGUUGUAAGUAGUGAUAAUCCUCAUAGAAUUAUGGCCAUAGGAACCUGUAAUUUGAACAUGACUCAGUUCGAUAAUGUGGUUGGAAGAUCUGGUACAGCAGUAAAUAUUUUGCAUCACUAUAACGAUGAGUUGAUGAAAUUAAAUAAAGAGAUUGACGUAGAAAUACCUGACACCGUGGAUCCAAUUAUACCGAAGAAAGAGGUAGAAGCUGAAGAAGUAAGUGGAGAAUCCAAGAAAGAGUCUAAACCAGCAGAUGAGGAAAUCCAAGAGCACAAUAUGGAGAACAAAGAAGAGAAUGAGGAAGAGGAUGAAUUAGCUGAAGAAAUAGAAACAUUAACAGUUGAAGAACUUGACAAUUUUUUCGUACGUUCAUUACUUCAAACAAUAAAAUUAGAGAAAUUAGAGCUUCCAAUGUCAAGUAACGUAUUUUCAACGUUCAUAUACAAAAAUUUACCAAAUAUGGACUCAAAAUAUGCCAAUAUAAAAAAAACAUCAUGGAAAAAAAUAUCAAAAUUUUUGAAAGAAAUGAAAAAAUUGAAAUAUCUUGAUAUAAAGGGUAAAGAUGAAGAUUUGACUAUUAUAAGUGUAAUAUCUACAAAUUCAUCAGUAAUAGAAAACUUUGUGCCUCAUAAAAUCAACAAACCUAAAAAAUCAGGAACUACAGAUUUACAAGACGCAAUAAUGACCAUAAAAACAUUGUACAAACCAACCAGUAAGUCACGAAUGUUCUUUAACAAAAUUAAUGAGGAGUUUGACGCAUUAUAUACAUUAGGUGAACUAAAAUCAAAAUUUGAAAAUUAUAUAAAACAUUUCGAAUUGGUGGUUCCAACAAGUCCCAAAAAUAUUUUAAUUGAUGAAAUAAUAAGUAAACCAAUAAAUAAACCAGAAGGUACACAAAUGGCAAGAGAUCAAGCAUUUAAAGAAUUUCUACCAAAUUUUUCACCAUAUUAUGAAAUGAUAUCAGCUGAUAAACAACAUAAAGAAAUUUUAAAAGGUCAACCACCAAAAAUAAAUAUUGUUACUGAAAUGAAAAUUGGGAGAAAAAUUAUAACUCGUGUAGGCAAUUAUGAUAAAUUUUUUAUAAAACAGGGUGUAUUCAGUGAAGAGUUAAGGAUCAAAUGUUCUGGUUCAACCACAAUCUUGGAGGAUGAUCAAAUUCAAGUUCAAGGUCCUCAUGGCAUGUUAAUUAUAGAGUUAUUGAAGAAAAAAGGUAUACCCCUUUCAUGUAUAGACUUUGUGGAUAAAGUUAAAAAGAAGAAGAAAAGAUCAUAG